AUGCCUGGCAAUGUCGGCUGCGUACUUCGGAACGGCACUGGCAUUCCCUGCUGUGUCCGUGUGAUCGGAUCAGGUAGCACGGAAGGCUCCGAGGAACAUAGCCUGACCGCCGAUGGCGAGGUUUCUUGCAAUUUGGAUGCCGCCAGUCUGUCACACAUUGCAGCUUGGUACACAUCGCAGCCACCUCCAAAUACUCAUAUCUUCCCAGCUGGCGCAAGCUCUGCCGUUGUAGAGCUGACCGCUUCAUUGACUUCAAAUGCUAGCGUCGGCACAGCAGGAACGGAUGAGAAGCAAAAGCUAACAUUUGUGAACCAGUGCUCCGUGGAUGUUUGGUUCCGCUUGUUUCUCAACGAUGACUACAAGGACCGGCUUGUCUUCGCCGGUCAGUCCGAAACCUAUGAAUUUGAAGAGCAGCACGUGACUUCUUUUGGCGCAAAGUUCCAAUACCCUCCGAAGAACGGAGUGUCGGACUAUCGAUGGAAUCCUGCACAUGAAGCCAAAGUUGUGGGCAAAGAGGUGACCAUCACGUUCCAGCCCACUAUUGCCAUGAACAUGUCGGAUUGCACGCCGUGCACAGGUAAAAUAUCGACGUGUGUGCUCCGGAAUGGCACUAGCAUUCCCUGCUGUGUCCGUGUGAUCGGAUCAGGUAGCACGGAAGGCUCCGAGGAACAUAGCCUGACCGCCGAUGGCGAGGUUUCUUGCAAUUUGGAUGCCGCCAGUCUGUCACACAUUGCAGCUUGGUACACAUCGCAGCCACCUCCAAAUACUCAUAUCUUCCCAGCUGGCGCAAGCUCUGCCGUUGUAGAGCUGACCGCUUCAUUGACUUCAAAUGCUAGCGUCGGCACAGCAGGAACGGAUGAGAAGCAAAAGCUAACAUUUGUGAACCAGUGCUCCGUGGAUGUUUGGUUCCGCUUGUUUCUCAACGAUGACUACAAGGACCGGCUUGUCUUCGCCGGUCAGUCCGAAACCUAUGAAUUUGAAGAGCAGCACGUGACUUCUUUUGGCGCAAAGUUCCAAUACCCUCCGAAGAACGGAGUGUCGGACUAUCGAUGGAAUCCUGCACAUGAAGCCAAAGUUGUGGGCAAAGAGGUGACCAUCACGUUCCAGCCCACUGUCGCCUUCAAAAUGACGGAGUUCAAGAUGGGGCAGGCUAAACUGGUGCAAGACCUCUUCCAUAAGUAUGACAAGUCUGGUGACGGCAUUCUAUCAGAAGAGGAGAUGCUGGGGAUUUUCGAGGCACUGUCGGUUCCGAAGACCGAGGUGCAAGCGCUGUUUCAGCAAGCAGACGCCAAUCGGGACGGCAAAAUCCAAGUACAGGAGUUCAUAGCUUGGCUCAUGACGGAGCCUGCAGCACCCAAAGGCGACUGA